AUGUCUCGCGCUGCAUUUAUCUUUGGUAUACUAGCUGCGGCUGUUGUGCCAGCGCAUUCAGCUUCAACCCAGAAGAUCUUGAAGGCGGCAUUCAUAUCUUCGCUAAUUGACUCUGAAGCGGCUUGGAGCGCAGCCGCAAUCUCGAAAGUCGCUGCUAACGACAUGAAUGCUCCGACAAAUAAUGCAGUGCUGAAAGCUGUUGCUUCCGUUCAGGCUGGAAACGGUCAGACAUUCUCCAACGUACUCAUCGACACAGGCAGCGCCAUCCUUUGGCUAGGCGGGGAAACGCCAUAUGAACCAGGCUCAAACACACAAGCGAUGAACGAAACCUUUAGUAUUGGAUAUGGUGCAGGCGGUGCAUCAGGCACUGCAUACAUGGAUAAAGUUACCGUUGGCGCUGCCGUCGCAAACUCACAGAUCAUUGGUGCGGCCAAUCACACAACUGGUUUCAAACUCGUCAAGCCCAUCGAUGGAAUCCGCCCGUCAGGCUCAAACUCUGGCGAGGUGUCUGGACACGACGCGACACCCACUUUUGUGGAAAGCCUUCUGUCAGAGGGUAGCAUUGACGCUGCGAUGUUCGGUAUCUAUGUCAAUGGGUUGGAUGCUGCCAGCGGCACCCAGAUCGGCCAGGGUGAGAUUACCUUUGGUGGGAUUGACGACAAUCGAAUUAGCGGCGAGAUUGUGUGGUUACCUCAGAACGAGCCUGUGAACUUCCAUUGGGAAUUCAAUGUUUCCAGCUUCAGCUUUGGAGACACAGUUUUAGUCAACGAUACCGAGCCAGGGCGGACUGACACUGGUGUACUCGAGAUUGGCCUCCCUUCUGAUGCCUUCUUCUCUAUCCUUCACUCUUUCCCCGGCGCCGGCCUAGUCCCGAACGGAACCCUCGAUGGUUACCUCACCUUCCCUCUGAAUGCAUCGGCAUCCUCCCUGCCUUCGAUGACGUUUGGCCUUGGAGACCAGACAUUCGAUAUCCCAGCUUCACAAUACCUCAUCCCGACCGGAUUAUAUGACGCGCUGGGACUAGAUGCCACCAAGGCCUUGUACACCUGGGUAACGAGUGCAGGUUUUGGCACGUUUAUGUUUGGACAGAAGUGGUUGGAGAGCGUGUACACUGGGUAUGACAUGACUGGACAUCAUAAGUCUUGUCUGGAUUAUGCAUGGAUCGUUGGCUAA